AUGCACAAAAGUAAAAAAUCAGAGGACUCAAAGGCCAAUGGUGUGGGAGGCAACUCAAGCAAUAAUAACCCCUCUUCUAACCGUUAUGCUGCGAACCAACAAUUAGCGGAGGAGAAAUUGCUUUUGAAUUCACCACUAAUGAAUGACAUUAAAGACCCACUUGUCAAGCACCAGAUUGAUUAAGACUUCAUUAAGACUAUAGCUGCAUUUUCCAGAAACCUUGAAGCUGACACACUUUCUCCUGAAAUUUAAAAAAUGUUCUUCAAAAUUGCUGAGAAAAGGCAAGCGUUACCAGAGAAAUGCAUGACUAAUGUAGUGGAUUCAUUUUUGGCUUGCUUAGUCUCUCUCAUAAGCAUGAGUAAAGAUCACGAUAUCACCAUUAAGGCAGUUUCGCUAUUAUUCCAAUAUCUAAAAAAUGGUACUCUAAUUAUUUCUUUAUGUUCUAUUAGACUCCAAGCGAAUGUUGACACUGAAGCAGAUUUGGCCUUAGAUUUCUCUGCAUUUUUACUAAGAUACAACAAGGAUUUAUAAUAUUCAGAUUUUUCAGAUAACAAAGAAGUCAUUAGCAGAAUUAAGAGGGCAGAGUCAUUCAGAUCAUGGACAGAUAUUGAAGAUGUUGCUAGUGGUUUUGAAAAUCUUAAUACAAAUUUUGAAUAGCAUAAAGUGACUGUGUCUAGCGCUUUUUCUGAGCUAUCAAGCUACAUAGAGAAGUUUAAGAAGGAUUUCAUACUCAAAUACAAUGAAUAGACUCGGGAGUUCACUGCACUUAAGCAAGAGUUUUAACAGAAUAGAGAAGAGAUGAGAGAAAUUGAGAAGAAAAAGGCAAUGGUCACAAUGGAUGAUCUACAAGUACUAAGAAAAAUUGUAUUUGAGAUGAGAGAUUAAUUUAAAGAGACUGAAGAUAUUGUUCAAUAGAGUAUGAGCGUUAAAAUUGAGCUACAUUCAACCAAAAUCGAGGAUAUCACUAAUCUCAUUAGUAACCUUAACUCUAAAUACUCUCAAUUCCAGUUCCAAACUACAAAAGUAGAAAGUAACAUAAGAGAGCAGCUUGAUAUUAUACAAUCCUUAAAUCAGAAGAUAAAUUAGACGAAUGAUAAUUCGAAUACUUUAAAGAAGGAGGUGUUGGAAAAGUUUUUGACUCUUGAAAAUCACAUUAACAAUAAAACAAGUGAGCAAAGUGAGGAGUUUACUUCCAAGGGUAAAAGAUUACUUGACUUGGCAGAUAAAAUUGACUUGCAACUCGAAAAGAACUUCUUAGAGUUGCUAGAGCUUAGAUAAGAUUUUAAUACUUUUGCUGAUAGCACAAACAUCAAUCUGAAGGAGAUUGAUGAUAGGUAUGCUAAGAUAACAGCUGAAAAUACUACUAAGAUACAUGACUUUGAAGGUUUAGUAACUGUAAAUUUGGGUUAGCUAGUAAAAGAUAAUCAAGAAAUGAAGCAGCAGUUACUUUUGAAUUUAAAUAAAGGGAGGGAUAAGAGUGAAUAGCUACUCAUAGAUUCCUUUGAGGCCUAGUUAAAGCUAAUGAGAGAUAGAGUCAACUUAAUGGAGUAGGAUCUUAAAGAAUAAAUCGAAAGAAGUGUCAAGCAGGGUAUAAAUAAUCCAGCUAAUAAAGCAGCAGUUAGUGGUGGAAAAGCAUCAGAUGAAGAGAUAGAGAAUAUUUGGAAUUUUUUCUAAAGGUUUGCAGACGAGCAUGCUCUUAGUAAGAUCGAAAAAAUAAGAAGCGAAGAGUGUACUCUUAAAUAUAGGUUAGAUGUAAUGAGUUGGCUGGGCAGACAUGCUGACUUCUUAUCAUUGCCUGUCAUCACUUAGGUUAUAAUGGCAUUCAAGGAAUAGGCCACACCUAUAUAAAAUGCUGGAAUAAGACAAGCUUACAUCUCCGCGACACAUGGUUCAGAUGCCCUAUUUACUAUUGUCAAGCUUCUCCGUAAUGAGAAAGCUAAGUUAAAGUAAGAUAAUGAAGAGUCAAUGCAUAAGCUUGCUAUUUUGUUAAGCAUUCUAGAACCCUUGAUAAUAAAUGAUGAAAAUGCAAUUAAGGGAAAGGACUGCUAGCUUCUAGAAUUGCUGAUUGAUAUGCUUAGUUUUAGUAAAGAAGAUCUAGGGUAGAUUAUGAAGAAUCAUGGAGCCACUCCACUCUAUCUCAAACUUAGCAUGAGAUGCUUGACAAGUUGUCUGAGGAAUGAAGAUUAUGUGGGUGUAUUCUUAAGCAACAGCAAGCAUUUGCUUGAUCUUCUUGCUCUAAUACAUAUACUUAAAGAUGAGGAAGUCGUAGCUAAUGGGUGUAAAAGUCUAAGAAUAUGUCUUAGAGAUGAAAAGAAGGAGAAGAAAUUAUUAACCAGAUGA